UGUUUUGAGGGGAGCUCAUACAUAAAACACCCUUGCCGAACCAACAACAUCGAGAACUGAUCUACAUAUAUUCAUGUUGCCACAGCCAAAAUGAAUGUGUGCAAGCCCAAGGAAGUGGGUCCCGAUGGACUUUUUGUCCGGAAGCGCUUUACGCGGCAUCCGGUGGUGAUCUCGGCAAAGCGGUUUGCAGCCAUUAAGGGACGUUCUCGCCAGGAUGAGAAACAUGCCCAAUUGGAGGCCGUCGAGGAGGAGCGCAGGUACCGGCAGUACCUGAAGGACGGCAACGAGCUCUUGUGUAGUCUGUUCACGGAUCCCAAUGCUCCCAAGGUCAAGAAAUCGGCAAGGGCUCAGAGCAAGGAAGCCAUGGCGGCAGUAAAGGACGUGGACACAAAGUUGGCAGACGAGCGGCUGCGCAAGCAGAGGAUCCUGCGGGCCAACCGGCUACUGGAUCAACUGAAGCCUGGACCCCGCGCUCUACACCAGGCUCUUCUGUACAGCGAAAUGAUUCAUCAGAGGAAGUACAAUGAGGCCCUUAACGAGGAGAUAGCGGAGGCGGCCCGUGCCCAGGAACGGGCCGAUGAGGAGUUGUGUCCUGCUGCCCUAGUGCCCUUUGGCCACGCCACCGAGGAGGAGGAGGUGGCCAAGCAGACCGCCAAGAACAUGGAACAUGCCCAGCUCAUGCGAGAGGACAUCGCGCAGCGGGAGAAGAUCAGGGAGGCCGAGCGGGAGCAACGGGUCUUCGAGGAGCAAGUGGAUCGGGCGCAGUACAAGUGUCUGCAGGACAAGGAGGAGAAGGCGCUAAAGGAGAAGAAGGCCCGGAAAAUAGCCUUCAAUCGAAAGGCUUACAAGGAUGCCAUCCAGGAGAAGGCGGAGAUUGCAGAGCAUGAGCGUAUUUGCGACGCCAUUGACGACCGGCGCAACUGCGUCUACAUCGUGGCUAGUCGCAAUCUGGACAGUCGCUAUGGAAACCACGUGAAGCAGCUUCGGCAAAAGUGUCAGGAGGAGAGGGAGCUACAGGCACUCCGCGUCGCCCAGGCGCAGCAGGUGCUUCAAAAGAAGCUGGAAGAUCGGCAGAUACACGCGGAGGACCGCCACGCUUUUGAGACGCAGGUGGACGAGAACCGCCGCCAGUGCGAAAGGGAGGUACUGGCCAAGGAGCGCCGGGCGUAUCAGAAAUUGGAGCGAGAGCAGGACGCCGAGAAGCUCCGCCGCCAGCAAGAGCUGCAGCGCUUCCAUGUGGCGCGCCGCUUGAAGAACGCUGAGGCGAAUCGCUUCUUCGAUGCCUCUCAGAAGCGUAAGAGGGACAAGGUGAAGGAGGAGCUGCGCAACGUUCUCUUUGGCCAGCGGGAGGAGUUCCUCGAGAAGCGCCGUGCCGAACUGAUGAACCUGGCCGCCUGCAAUGAGGAUCCAUACUUGGAGGACGACAAGAAGUUCUUUGAGCAGGCGGUCGAGAUCAUGGAGGAGUCCAGGAAGGUGGGCCGGCCCCUGUACCCAAUUGCCACCGCCGUGGAUCUCUACGAGCGGCAGAACCAGCUGGACAUGCGACCGGAGGGCAGAAUAGUGAAGAGGAGCCGUCUCAGGGACUACUGCUGGCCUGGAUUCUUUUCCAAGGCGGAGCUGGCCUACCGCAAGUACGAGCAGCGCGAGAUGUGCCGCGAAGAGCAGGUGGCCGAUCGCCACCAGAUCUACUGCAACUCCGUGAAGAUCAAGAAGCUGGCCGAGGUGGAGAAACCAUACACUCCCUGUGUCGCCUCCUGUCCCAUCAAUUGCUUCCACCGCAGGGGAAUGCCCGCCACGGACAGCAGGGAUUCCUUUGACUAUGCCCGUCAUGUUUGCUAUACGGAUCCUCCAACGGUGGCCGCUUGUCCUGGUCCCAUGCAGGUCAUCCACAACGAUCCGCUGGACAACCAGAGGAAAAUUAGCCAGCUUUCCAUGAAGCUGCCACCCAUGCCAGACUUAACCAAGGGUACUCAGCCCACUUUUCGAAGUGUUGUGGGCAAGGCUUUGAGUUCCCUGACUCCCAAAGCCAGGGAGUCAGCUACUCCUCCGUCCGCUAGUCCACCCCUCAGCACAUCCAAGCCCACUGCACCGGAACCAAAACUGCCAGAGUCCAAAGAUGUGCCCCUUCCCAAAUCGCAGCCUCCAGUGAGACGUAAGAUGAAGAGCAGCUCAAAGAGAGCUAGUUCCUCGGCAACACCUCCUCCAACUGGCAACGACAGGCCAGCACCCGUGCCCAAUCCCGCUGGAACCUGGGGAUCCGGACCCCUGCAGCCAGAUCCGAAGAAGAAAUCCAAGUAAACCAAGCAACCUCGCCUCCACUCUAACCAAAUUUACGUUCCAAGGUCUUAUUGUAUUGAUGUUGUUCGCCUGCAAAGAAAUAUAUAGAAAAAAGGAA